GCAACAGGGCUGCCACCUUAUCGUCCCAAACAAGAAGCAACCCCAGAAAGCGGUGGCCCGAUAUAAUACCACGACGGAAAACAAAAUUUAACAGGGAAACAGAAAGAAAGAAAGAACAGAAAAGAGAGCAAACAGAGAACAAUCAGAGCAGCGAAGAUGGUAGUAAUUUCCAUGGCAAAAAAUAUCAUCUUCAACCUCUCCAAGUCUUUCCCUCAAACCGGCUCAUCACUCUCUCUCAGAAAUUCCUCUCACAAAGUCUCGAGAGUCUGCUUCGCCUCCGCCUCCAAAUCCUCCGAGGGUCGAAAUGCACCAGAAGGGAAUAGAGAUUCGAGGGCUGACUGGACAUAUGAUGACAAGAAGUGGAGGAAUGAGAACGUGAAUUACAAAGGAAAGGAUCCAACAGAUGAACUCAAGGAUAAGACGAAGAGCGCAGCGGAGACCAUGGCGGAGAAGGCUAAAGAGGGAGUGAACAGAGCAGCGGAGACGGCAGAGAGCGCCAAGGAGAAAGCGAAACAGUACGGUUAUGAAACAAGGGAGAAAACGAAAGAAAUGGCCGACACUGCGGCUGCGAAGGCAAAAGAUGGAACUUAUGAGGUCGUGGAGACGGCGGAGCAGGCCAAGGAGAAGGCGAAAGGGAAUGUUUGGAGUAUGAAGGAGAAAACAGAGGACGUGGCAGAAACGGUGGCGGAGAAGGUGAAGGAGGGGACGAGCAAGGCAGCAGAGACGGCGAAGGACACAGUGAAGGGGGCGUGGGGGGCCGUAGAGGAGGCGGGGCAUAAGAUCAAGGAGACAGUGGUUGGGACUUCAUCGGACUCUGACAAUGAGGUGGCGGUGGAGGAGAAUGUUGUGGGGGAUUUGGAUGACGCUGUGGAGGUGGUGGAAAUAUUCGAUGAGGAGGGGAAUGUUGUGGACGUUCUGGAUGAGGAUGUGGUGGUGGUUGAGAUAUUAGAUGAGAAGGGGAAUGUUGUGGAUGUUAGGAGGCGGAUUCGGAGCCCUGAAGAUGAUGUGAAGAAAUAGUGAUGUUUUGGCGAAGGAAACUUUGCUCAGUUGUUGCAUUGCCUAUCAUGGAAGGAGUUGAAGCCUAAUGUUUGGUACUUGUAGACUUGUAGUUAAUAAAUCAAAGGUGGCAUGUUUGAAGUGGCAUUAAUGUUUUCAUCUUUUUUUUUACUUUGCUUUUCAAAUGUAUAUUUUACAACUUUGCCUUAUUAUUAUUAUUUUUUUAAGAAA